AUGGCGGCAAACCGCUGGGUGCUGUGCCUGUGCCUGGGCUGGGGGUGCCUGUGCCUGGCGCUGGGCGACGUGCUGAAGGCUCGCUGGGUCGGGGUGCGACGGCGAAACACCCCAGCAGGAGUGCGGGGCGGCCGGCUGAGAGCCGCGGCAGGUGACUACGGUCCGGGGCAGCGGCCGGAGCCGGAGGAGCAGCGGCGGCCGGGGAGGCUGCACCCAGGAGACAAGGUCUCGGAGCACAUGCUGCGGCUCUACGACCAGUACAGCGGCGGCCGCGGGGGGCGGGCGGCGCGGCGCCGAGACCUGUCGGGGCUGCCCGGGCUGCAGCUUCGCCAGGGUAACACGGUGCGCGGCUUCCGCCCGCGGGCUGCAGGGGGCCCUGAAAGCCAGGAGGUGUACGUUUUUAACUUGACGUCACUCACCAACUCUGAAAAUGUCUUGUCAGCUUCGGUGUAUUAUUAUGUUGGUGAUCUGCUGCAUGCUCCCUGGAACUGUUCCCAGUCCAGAGGCUGCUCUCGUCAUGGGCACAGGAAACCUGAAAUUCAGAUGCAUCUUUCAGUUUGGACCUUUCCUUCGGUUGGGAACUGGACUCGGAGCCUGGGACAUUUCCUAAUAAACAUCUCUGCUGCUUACCAGGAUGUCCUUUCCUGGCAGUGGAAGGAUAUCACUCAGCUUCUGCAUGAAGCAAAACAAAACAAUGAACUCCUCAUCGGUGUCAAAAUGGAUCUGAGCAGCCACCACUCCCGGAAAAGGGCACCUCCUCACUAUGAACCCUACAUUCUGAUUUAUGCCAACGACUCUGCUAUUUCAGAGCCAGAGACCGUUGUCUCUAGUUUGCAAGGGCACCGCCAUCCUCUGGCAAGAGUCUUUCCCAGGCCAGAAAACCACGUGAGGAGCAGCCUCGGGAAGUGGCGGCAAAAACGCUCUACAAACAUUCUGUUGCCCCUGCAGAAUAAUGAGCUCCCAGGAGCUGAGUACCAGUACAGCGAGGAUGAGAGAUGGGAAGACAGAAAACCCUACAAACCCCUCCAGCCACAGCUAGCCGAGAGGUCAAAGAGUAAGAAAAAGCAGAGGAAGACUCAUCACCACAAGAGCCAGACGCUCCAGUUUGACGAGCAAACGCUGAAGAAGGCGAGGAGGAAGCAGUGGAAUGAGCCAAGGUAUUGUGCCCGCCGCUACCUCAAGGUGGAUUUUGCAGACAUUGGCUGGAGCGAGUGGAUUAUUUCCCCUAAAUCCUUUGAUGCCUAUUACUGCUCAGGGGAAUGCCAAUUCCCAAUUCCAAAGGCCCUGAAGCCAUCCAACCAUGCCACCAUUCAGAGCAUCGUGAAAGCUGUUGGGGUUGUCCCAGGCAUUCCCGAGCCUUGCUGCGUUCCUGAGAAAAUGUCUUCUCUUAGUAUCUUAUUUUUUGAUGAAAAUAAAAAUGUAGUUCUUAAGGUGUACCCCAACAUGACAGUGGAAUCCUGUGCGUGCAGAUAA